AGUUACGUGUUCCUAUAUUCCGUUAAAGUAUUUUUAGUAAAAAUUGCACAAAAUAAUAGUAAAAUUUUGACUCAAAAUAUCGGCACGAAAUAUAGGACAAUUUCUUAUCAGUUUUGAAGUAUCGUAAAUAAUUGAAAUUAAUUAUUUUUAAUCGAAAAUUAAAUUAAAAUAUGUACAGACAUCAAGUGGAAUAAAAUGUUUUCUGUGAAAUGGAAUUUAAAAAUAAUCAUUGAUUCAAAUUUAUUUAACAACGGUAACACUUUCCACAAAAUUUGAUACGUUUUUAUAUGAAUACAUGUCAAUGCCGAAAAUCUAAUUAUGUACUCUAUGCUGAGAUUUCUAUGGUUACUCUUUAUAACAUUGUUACCAACACGACAACUUCUAACAAUAUUGUUUAUACAUCAUAUUAUUAGAAAUUUAAUAAGAACACACAUUUUUCGAAUCAUUUUUAAGAAAGGAAGAUGUGUGAAAACGUUUGUAAUUCUCUGGAAACAUUUAAUCCCGAAGUUGAAUUUCAAAAGUUUUUGAAGCGUAAGCCAAUAAUCCAAACGGUACAAUUAUAUGAGCAUUUACAAACUCGAGAAAAAAUCAAGUGUCCAAAUAAUUUUAAAGGCUAUGGGGUCGAAAAAGAUGAUAAUAAAUUGUACAGAACAUUUAAUUCGGAAUAUGGAUACUACGCACCAAACGUCUUUACAAUACCUUCCCGUUAUUUUCCACUUUCUCAAAAGUUUUCUAACGAACUUUAUCGCUGUGGCAUGUAUCGUAAUUAUUCGUUAAAUACUCAUGUAGAUCGAACAUAUUAUUAGACUUUUUGUGGGUUUUGUUGUAUCGCUAUUAUCGAUACAAAUAAACAAAUUUAUCAGUUUUUAUGAAAUGUAAUAUAUAUUACAUAAUGUAUUUACAAAAUUUGACCUUAAUAAAACAUAUCGAAAAACAACAUUUA